UGUCUUUUUAUUGCUGCCUUCAGAUUGAUGUUUGAAUAUUAUUGGAAGUGUUACAUUGAUCCGGACGGAUUCAGAUAUCAUUUCCAUCACAUUUCUGAGCCGUCAGGAUGAUCCCGACUGAAGACGCGUCCGCUCGGAAGCGGGAGAUUGAAGAGAAACUCAAACAGGAACAGGAAACACUGUCUUUUAUUCGGGAAAGUCUGGAGAAGAGUGAUCAGCUCACUAAAGGAAUGGUGUCCAUCUUGUCCUCAUUUGAGAGCCGUUUAAUGCAGCUGGAGAAUUCCAUCAUCCCGGUUCACAAACAGACAGAGAACUUACAGCGACUGCAGGAGAAUGUGGAUAAAACUCUCUCCUGUAUGGAUCAUGUGAUCAGCUAUUACCACGUCGCCAAGGACACUGACAAGAUCAUCCGGGAAGGUCCUGCAGGGAGACUGGAGGAAUAUCUGUCUUGCAUUGCAAAGAUCCAGAAAGCCGUGGAGUAUUUUCAGGACAACAAUCCCGACAGUCCAGAACUUAACACAGUCAAAGCUCGGUUUGAGAAAGGUAAGGAGCUUCUGGAGGCGGAGUUUCGAAGUUUGUUGAUGCGGUAUAGUAAGCCAGUGCCGCCCAUCCUGAUCCUGGACGCGAUUGGAGGAGACGAGGACAUGGAGGUGCAAGAGGACGUUAUGCUGGAGCACCUGCCUGAAGCCGUUCUGCAGGACAUCAUCUGUAUCUCUGCCUGGCUGGUGGAGUACGGACGCAACCAAGAUUUCAUGAAUGUGUACUUUCAGGUCCGGUCCAGUCAGCUGGAUCGGUCCAUUAAGGGUUUGAAGGAACAUUUCCGUAAGAACAGCGCCACAUCUGCCAUUCACUCCCCCGCCGUACAGGCCAAACGCAAGGAGACGCCCACCAAGAAGACCCCGAAAAGACCAGUCUACAUCCCAGGCACGAUCCGUAAGGCUCAAAACCUGCUUAAACAGUACUCUCAGCAUGGCCUGGAUGGGAAAAAGGGUUCUAACCUCACUCCUCUGGAAGGUUUCGAUCAUGACCUUCGUGGGGUUAAGCACCUGUCUGAUGACAAGCAUGGGGCAGCUACAGGAAAAGAUGAUGUCCUGGACAUUGAGAUCGAUUCAUACAUCCACUGUAUCAGCGCAUUUGUAAAACUAGCUCAGAGUGAGUACGCCUUGCUGACUGAGAUCAUUCCAGAACAUCACCAGAAGAAGACCUUUGACUCGCUCAUACAGGAGGCGUUGGAUAAUUUGAUGUUGGAGGGUGAUAACAUUGUCUCGGCGGCACGUCGAGCCAUCAUGAGACAUGAUUAUUCUGCUGUUCUCACUAUUUUCCCCAUUCUACGCCACCUCAAACAAACCAAACCAGACUUCGACAUCACACUACAGGGAACUGCUGCCAGCACCAAGAACAAACUCCCAGCUCUCAUCACCUCCAUGGAGACCACUGGAGCCAAAGCGCUAGAGGAGUUUGCUGACAGCAUAAAGAAUGAUCCAGAUAAAGAAUACAACAUGCCGAAAGAUGGAACUGUACAUGAGCUCACAAGCAACGCGAUCCUCUUCUUACAGCAGCUGUUGGAUUUCCAGGAAACGGCCGGGGCAAUGCUGGCCUCACAGGUACUCGGGGACACUUACAAUAUUCCUUUAGACCCCCGAGAAAGCAGUUCGUCUGCCAGCAGCUACAGUUCAGAGUUCAGCCGAAAACUUCUGAGCACAUAUAUCUAUAAAGUCCUGGGUAACCUGCAGCUGAAUCUCUCAAACAAAGCAAAAGUGUAUGAAGAUCCGGCCCUGAGAGCAAUUUUCCUUCAUAACAACUACAAUUACAUCCUGAAAUCCCUGGAGAAGUCGGAGUUGAUUCAGCUGGUUGCUGUGACUCAUAAGAAAGUUGAGAGUUCAUACAGUGAGCUCAUUGAACUGGAGAUUCAGAAUUACCAGCGCAGCUGGCUAAAGGUCACUGAACAUUUAACAGAGCGGAACAUUCCAGCAUUUCAACCUGGAACCAAGCUCAAAGACAAAGAACGGCAGAUCAUCAAGGACAAGUUCAAGGGUUUUAACGAUGGUCUCGAGGAACUGUGUAAGAUUCAGAAGGGUUGGGCGGUUCCUGAUAAAGAGCAGCGUGAUGCGAUCAGACAUGCGCAGAAGAGAGUCGUGUCAGAAGCGUAUAAAGCUUUUCUGCUGAGAUGUGAAAACAUAUCGUUCACCAAAAAUCCAGAGAAAUAUCACAGAUACACCCCUGAGCAGGUGGAAGUAAUGAUUGACAAGCUGUUUGACACUUCAGCCUAGGCCACGCCCCCUCUUUAUCAAAGCAAACUGAUUUCCCAUGCAACAAACAUCUUGCUUCAUAACACAGACACAACGAAGUGAUAAAAGGGAUCUGGUCCAUGUAAAUCUGAGUUUUUGUCCUAACUAGCUGUGACAUCGAGCAACAUUUUGUCCCUCUUGAUUACUGCGCCCACAGUGCAGUCUCAGUGGUCAAAAAUCCCGCUCCUCAUAACUGUAUCUUCCGAUUGGCUGUGACUGCAUGUCAGUUUCGCAUCAACUGUGGACAAAUUGCACUUGUCCCGUCGUGCCUGGUUAGGACAAGGUGUAAUACACUACUCAAUUGGAAAUUCAUUGUGUUUUUGUGUCGUAUAAACAAAAUUAUUUGUACAUUUUUUUUUUUUUUUUUUUUUUGAUUGAACUGCUAUAAAUAAAGAGAAUUCUGUACUUCAA